UCCUGAGCGCGGAGAGGACGCACUCAGGCUGAGGCCAGGGUAGAAGCCCGAACCCGAGGGAGGCAGAGAGGGACAAAGAUCGCAGUGAUACCUGUUAGAAUCCGCCCUCCAAACCACCCCCACGCCCCCCAUCCCUCCAAACGCACACCUCCAUCCCACCUGCCAGGAAGAGGCAGCCGGAGGUUCGCGCUCUGAGCCUAAGGCAAAAAGCUCUAGCCAUGAGCAAUCAGUACCAGAAAGAGGGCUGCUCGGAGAGGCCUGAGUGCAAGAGUAAGUCUCCAACUUUGCUCUCCUCCUACUGCAUCGACAGCAUCCUGGGCCGGAGAAGCCCGUGCAAAAUGAGGCUUCUGGGAGCCGCACAGAGCUUGCCUGCCCCGCUGGCCAGCCGCACUGACCAGGAAAAGGCCAUGCAAGGCUCUCCCAAGGGCAGCGGCGCCCCGUUCGAGGCCGAGCUGCACCUGCCUCCCAAACUGCGGCGCCUCUACGGUCCGGGCGGGGGCCGCCUCCUCCAGGAGGACGAGGAGGAGGACGACGAAGAGGAGGAGCUGCUGGAGGACGACGACGAGGAGCUGCUGGAGGAAGAUCCCAGGGCGCUGCUCAAGGAGCCCGGGCGCUGCUCCGUGGCCGCCGCCGCCGCCGGCACAGUGGCCGCCGCCGCUGCAGCCGCCGCCGCUGCCGCCGGGGCCAGCGAGGGCGGGGAGCUGUCGCCCAAGGAAGAGCUGUUGCUGCACCCGGAGGACGCCGAGGGCAAGGACGGGGAGGACAGCGUGUGCCUGUCGGCGGGCAGCGACUCCGAGGAGGGGCUGCUGAAGCGCAAGCAGAGGCGCUACCGCACCACCUUCACCAGCUACCAGCUGGAGGAACUGGAGCGGGCCUUCCAGAAGACGCACUACCCGGACGUCUUCACCAGGGAGGAGCUGGCCAUGAGGCUGGACCUGACUGAGGCCCGAGUCCAGGUGUGGUUCCAGAACCGUCGGGCCAAGUGGCGCAAGCGAGAGAAGGCUGGCGCGCAGACCCAUCCUCCGGGACUGCCCUUUCCCGGGCCGCUGUCGGCUACCCACCCGCUCAGCCCUUACCUAGACGCCAGCCCCUUCCCCCCGCACCACCCUUCGCUGGACUCAGCUUGGACAGCGGCUGCCGCCGCCGCGGCAGCCGCCUUCCCGAGCCUACCUCCGCCUCCCGGCUCUGCCUCCCUGCCGCCCAGCGGGGCGCCGCUGGGCCUCAGCACUUUCUUAGGAGCAGCUGUGUUCCGGCACCCGGCCUUCAUCAGCCCGGCGUUUGGCAGGCUCUUUUCCACCAUGGCCCCCUUGACCAGCGCUUCGACCGCCGCUGCACUCCUGAGACAGCCCACACCGGCGGUGGAGGGCGCGGUGGCCUCAGGCGCGCUGGCCGACCCAGCCACCGCCGCGGCAGACAGACGCGCCUCCAGCAUAGCGGCGCUGAGGCUCAAGGCUAAGGAGCACGCUGCGCAGCUCACGCAGCUCAACAUCCUGCCUGGCACCAGCACGGGCAAGGAGGUGUGCUAAAGGCUGCCCUCCGCCAUUGCGCUCCUUGGGCGCGACAGGAAAGGUCACCUCAACUCAGCACCACUCAAGACCAAAUGGAAACAGAGGACCAGCACACUCCCAUGACGGCACAGACAGAGCGCAGCCGCCGCCUUCGCAGCAGCCUGGAAGCGGACGAGGCAGCUCUUGGCGCUAAAGGACACGGCACCUCUUUCGAUGGCUGUCCCCCUGCCCCUGCCCCUGUCCCUACCCCUGCCACUUUCCAACGUCGCUCCAACUCAAUCGUCCACUCUCCCACUCUUACCUUACUGAAAAAUAACGGGGAGGGUUUCUCCCCAAGAUGCCUAGUAUUGAAGUUUAAAAAAAAAUUAAAAGCCCAACCUUCCCCACUUAGCUUUUCUUUUGAAUAGCAUUUUGGCGCUCUUAGUUGAUUUCAGCGCGGCCCGGCUACACGCCAGGGCCAGGGAAGCGAAUGCGAAUCUGUAAGAUAACUAACAGUGCACUUAAAGAAAAGGGGCGUCUCGUUCUUGUUCUCUUCUUUAUCAUACACCAACCAAGGUUUUUAUAUCAAACCAAAGGGAAAUACUCUGCUAGAAUAUGGACUGUUGAAGUCACCAAACUGUGAUUAUUGAUUCUGUACAUACCAUUGUUAUUAAAAAAAAAAAAAAAAAGAACAGAGCUUUGUAUAUUUGAAAUGUUAUAACGCAAUUGCACUCAGCGUGGUAUGGUAAAAAUUUGUCCUCCUGUAGAUUCUUACUGUGUUGUAGAUACAGUAGGGUUCCUAGACAAAUAUUUAUGUACUCAAGCCCUUUAUUUAACUUAUUAACUGUAGAGGCUUCGGAAAUCUUCAAGAUAAAGGCAAUGGUACAGUGCUUUUGUGUAAUGUGUAAUUGUUAUCACUUUUCCUUGCUAUCUAGUGGAGAAGUGUCACACUCAAAAUAAAAU